GUUGGGGAAACCGGAGUUAUACCGACUUCUAAAGGAAAACAAGUCCCGGUUAAAGCUUGAACAGUUGUAUCCUUCCGAAGUAAGUCUUUGCCUUCCCAUGUAUUAAUUUUUACCAUUGGUCUCUAAUUCACCGAUUGUAUGAAAUUUACUGAAAACGGUGUAGACAAGCUAGAAUUUCAUAUGACGGGAAGUUCUUGAUUGAUGUUUGCUUUCAAAACGGGGAUAUUGGGGAUGCAGUUAUAAGAGAAAAGUUAAAUUUUUGGCAGUUCCUAUAAUGUUAAAGUCAAAACUUUGUAAGAGGUGCUGAUCCGCAUGAACUAGUUUCUCACAAAGAAGAGUCAUCAGAAAUGGGUGGGUAAGUACCUCAAUUUUUAAUUUUUUAUGUGAUUAGAAAUCUGAUUGAUUCAUUCAUUAGCAAUAUUUAUUCUUCUUGUUGUUGCUGUUAUUAUUAUUACCACCACCAUCACCACCACCACCCCAUGAUUGGCACUGCAUUAGCUUUAGGCUUCUAAUCAUAUAUACACUAUCUCAUUAUUUAGGCUAUAGGCUAAACGCCAGUAGGUAGGUGAAUGGUAAGGUUAUGGAAAUGGGUUUUAAAGCUGGUUUUGUGUUGAAUGUCGAAUGCCUUAACACCACUUGCACUUUUUGGUAGCUGAAAAAGGGAGGAUUCAAUGAAAAGGGAAGUAUUAAUUAAUAUAAUGGAGAGAUAAAGGGGAAAAAAGUGAUGUCCUUUCCCCUAUUUUGGCAUAUGACAGAAUUUAUUUAAGAAUCACUUUGUUCACAAGGAGAAUGGAAAUUAAAAAAUAGAAAUAGGAAGGAAACAAGUUGUUUUAUCACUAUUCUCUUUUUUCAGUAGUUUGGAUUAUUAGCACUUUAAAAGAAUCGAAUAUAAUCCCAUCAUUUAUUUUUAUGCAACUCAAAUAUACUUUUAUAGGUCAAAUUGGUACAGUGCAUCAAGUCUAUUGUGUGAUCCCCAAUCGGCGUAUCCCAUUAAGUAUUAAUUCUUCUGCUUUCUUCUCAAUCUCUAUCUCUCUUCCUUCUCUUCAAAAGAUAGUAGGUUAUAUCACUUCUAUUUUGUAUUUUAUUAUCAGCUAUCUCACCAUCUUUAAGUCUCUCUCUACCUUCAAGGCACAGAGCUUCGCCGCUUUCCUUAUUUUCUCACCGAUUAUUAAUGAGAUCAGUAGUAUGUGCCUUGCCGAGUCCUUACAGUGUCCUCAGCUAUUGUUUGUAGGUCCUGCCAACUUUUGCUGUUCUAUUUUCUCAUGGACCUGCGUCUCAAAUUUCUCAACUACCAGGGUUGCGAUUUGAUCCACGUCUUUUAUUGCACGGACAGCAAUACAUAGAAAUUUACAAGGCACUUCCUUCUAGUGGUUGUGUAAGCCUCCUAACCAGAAGCUCUUGAUGAAGAUAAUGUGCCUAAAUAUUCUUUCUUGUUUGCUUAUGUCCUGUAUUUGAUGUGGGACUGAUCUAAAAUUUGUAUGAUUUCAGCACAACAUCAUAAUACUUAAGUUGAGAGCUUCAGUCUUAUUAAUUACCAGUUUUUUCUAAAAGAUUAAUGGCCUAAGACAAUUAAUGGUAGGCUAGUAGCUUAUUUUAAUGCAAAUCGGAGAUAUUACCAAGGAACCUAUUAUCUGUCACACUUUUAGUGGAACAAUUUUUUAUUAUCACUUAUUUAAUGGAUAUUAAUUCAUAGAUUUGUGUAUGCUCUGAUUUAUUUAUUUUUAAUAUAUUUUUUCUUUCUUGAGUUUUCUAGUGAGAGUUUCGGCUAAAAUUUUCUUCUUUGUUUUCACUGCUUGGAGUCUUGCCUUGAAUGCUUUGGAGGGAAAGUUUUUGCAAUCUAAGCAUGAUGGGAAAUGCCUUGGUUGUGUUGGUAUUGAAACUUUUCUAAUCCUUAUACAGAUGGUAACAAUGAAGGGAACUUUGUAAUCUUUAACUAAUAUAAAAUAAAUUUGGAAUCUAUUUGUUUGUGAUUAAUGGGAUGUAGAUGUAAAUUUUCAUUUUAUAUGACUUGAACUCUUUUUCAUCUUGUAUCAUAUUGUUUGUAUAUGGCUUGGUGUGGAUAUAUAUACCUUUGGGUGGAUUUAUUGUUGUGUUUAGUUGUACUGAU